UUUGUUUUUGUUGGACCGUGGAUGGUACCGUGUUCUGUGCUGGUACACUGUGGUCGCCGUGGUCGCAUGGUGCUCGCAAAUGCUUCUUGCGCAAGUUCGUUGUCGCGUGUAGGUGUUCUGUGGAAGCCCUUGUCAAUUUGUGACCGCCGUCUGCGCUCUCGUUUCGCGUUUCCGCUGUCAGGAGCACGAAGCAGGCGCUAUGAGAUGCGUCGCCGUUGGUUGUAAAACAGGAAGAAAAGGAGGUUUGCGCAUCCAUUCAUUCCCGCGGGAUCCCAAGCGCAGGCUGGAAUGGGCUGUGAAAGUGAACAUUGCAGAGAACGGCAAACUUUGGGUGCCACCGAAGGACAACUGCUACGGUGUGUGCGAGGCACACUUCGAAGAGGACCAGUAUGAGCCCAGACGCACGGACCGCAAACUCAAGCCAUUUGCUGUGCCCACUCUCUUCAGCCACCGGAAAGUUCCGAAACAGCGCCGAAGGCUUGUACGGGGUGGUCCCACAAGCAGCAUUACGAAUGUUACUACUGCUGUUGAUGCCGUUGCUAAGGCGGAUACGGUCAUCUCCUCAGCCACAAGUGUUGCAACCGUCUCUACAGUCAUGACACCUGUGGUUUCGUCAUCAGUGGCCAAAAGUCAGCCAGCCCAUCUGCAACCAGUCACAGCCACCAACAAUGCCAGCCGAGCCAACCAGGCACAGCCCACGCAAGUCACUCCAUCAGCAGCGGCAACAUUGGCGAAAGCACCCGUGAAUACUGGUCCAGCCUUCACUGUGACCACUUCGGGUGGCAACAUCAUCCUUGUUCCUACCACUGCACAAGCCGAUCACCGUUACAUUGUCGGCAAUUCUCCCGUUGUUCCACCUGUUGUGGUGCCUACAGUGGUGCCCAACACCAGUGCUCCGAAUACUAACCCAGUGCUGCCUUCAGUAAGCUGCCUUCCCAAUACUGGCCCCAUCAUUCUGGUGCCUGUGAGCAAACCCAGCGGGGUUCCUGCGCCCAGUAAGGGGACGAGCCCGAGUACUCAAAUGCCAGUCAUCUUAUCGGUUCAGUCACUUGCACCUAACACAAUGCCUGCUGUCAGCAAGCCAUCGGAUUUGACACCCAUCUUGCCUAGGCCUCCAAGCUAUGAAAAGCUACAGGAGGAGGCAACAGCGUUGUGGCAUCAGUCUGAUGAACUGCGACGCAAGGUAGUCGACUUGUCUCAACAGACAGCGCGUGUCAAGGCAUCACUGGCCCGCCAGACAGAGCGGCUGAGCCGCUUCCUCCAUAUGGACCAAAUUGAGUACCUGCAGAAGCUCGGCAAUGACCAGCCCACAGCGUGGACUGAACCCACACUGCAGUUGGCACUCGAUAUCUACCGUUGCUCACCCGAGGCCUACCGCAGGCUGCUAGUCGCCCAAUAUCCAUUUCCAAAGGAGACAGCUCUGAGGACGUUCUGCAUUGAGAACGGGAUCUGUGAAGGCGUGCCCGCUGAGUUGAUGCAAAUGGUCACGUUGCCUCAAGUGGAUGAAGAGGAGGAAGAUGAAAAUGUGAACAUUGUUUGGUUGUGAAUUAGCCACAGACUCAUGACUAGUUAGCGACCGCCUUGGUGGCAAGCUCAAUAAUCAUAGUUCAUCAUGAAUGGUUUAACUGCCAAAAAAAAAAUGCUCAAAUCAUGUUUCUGUGCCCAGUUGCAUUUCAUAUUUGCAAGGCUGAGGGGAAGAAGAGAGGGGGGUUCAGGAAAGUGUUAUUUUAUUAAAUUGAAUGUUGAAAUCGACAAGCACCAAGGCCCAUUCUGCAGCAUUGUAAUUGAUUGUUGCAGCAUGCAAAUUAACGAACAUGAGGUUGUUCAGCAAUUUACCCCUGUGGAGUUCAUGUAUAUAUAUAUAUGAGUGAAUGAAGGUCUUUUAUUUAUGGCUUA